GGCAGGGGUUCUGUCGGGUGAUUGCCGGUGCUCGCUGACAGAGCGCAUCCCUGGCAGCUGGCGACCAGCUGUUGUAGGGAAGGAAGAAGGGAACGGCUGUGGUUUUGUCGCGCCUAGUGUUGACUUCGCGCUUCAAAACUGUUUCCUCCGCACAGCAGCUUGGGCUUAGGACAAGACCCAGCACGCCCCGAUUGUGCCGCUCGAGACGUUGCUAGAACUAGCGACAAGGCUUCGGCCCCUCGAGAUUUACUAACCCCCAAAUAUCAUAGCAGAACGACACGGCUCCCAUUUAUUUCCCUUCUCCAGACCAGACUUCGAAUCCGACCAAGGCGCCGACAGCGCACCCGCCAACCACACCACGCAUCCGUCCUGCGCAGAGGGCAGGGAGUAGCGAAUAGAGACGGGAAAAUGCCGCCGUUGUCUCUAGCCAUGGCCCCUACAGCAAGGACACUGUCGACACCCAUCAAGCAGACACCGCCGCCUGCCGUCACAGAAAGCCCCGGCAAUUGGAAGCACCCCCGCCUGACCGAGAUCACACUCCGGCAAAGCAGGACCGUCUUCUCCGAGAAGAACGUCAGGCAGAUCGUCUACAAUGCGCUAGGCCUCGCCCUCGUCUUGUUGAUUCGUACAUUCUUCAUUCCCCAUAUUUCGGGUACUCCCUUGGGCGCCCUGUUCAGCAAGUACGGCAACUGGCUCUACCUCACGCUGAUCCUGUUGCCGCUCGUCAACAUCGGCCUAGCGCUGCUGCCGCUGCUCCGGCCGGCCGACGACCUGUCCGACAUCCCGCUGACGCCGGCGCAGCGGAAGCUGCUGGGGCUCCCGCCGAGCUCGCGGCCGCCGACGCCCAACUCGACCUACAGCACGCCGCCGCGCUACUCGCGCACGCCGUCGCAGGUCGGGUCGCCCGCCAGCAUCAAGAGCUACGCGAGCUCGCCGCUCUCCAACCGCGGCAGCCCCGCCAUCGCUUCGGACAGGAAGACCAGCGGCACCUCGCCCUACGGCACCUCGCCCUACGGCAACUCGCCCUAUGUCAGCGGCUCGCCAAGCACGGGCCUGGCUGCGAGCCCCCUGCUGCACAAGGCCGUCGCGGCGGGCGCCGCCGCCGCCGUAGCUAACAACGCGGCCCGGAGGUCGUCGUUCGGUUCCCCGAACCCCCUCGGCGCGAGCACCGCCAGCAGCCUCUUCGACGGCCCUGCGACGCCCAGCCCUUCGGGCCCCUCGGGAAAGCGGUCAAGCGUGAGUCUGAACAACAAGUGGCUGUACGAGAAGGGGAGGAGAACGUCUUCUAGAAACAUAUAAUGAACAUAGAGGAAAGGUGGAAAAAAAAAGAAAAAAAGAAACAGAAACACCUCCCCAAAAAUUUGUCGGCAAGGAAGGCGGCACGAAAUUAACCAAGCUUCCAGAGAAGAACUUAAUCAUGUAGUUAUUUCGAGAACGCAUUGUGGAUAGAUGGCCCUGGCGUUUUUUUUUUCCGUCCGAGGCUAUUGUACAUGAUAUCAUGAUCAUUUUGAUGAAAAUUUUUUUAAUAACGACUCAGCUCGCGCAGCUUCUU